UUAGUUCGAGCAUAAUCUAAGUUUGAUAAGCAUUCUCUCUCCUGUUCUCACACGUAUAGCUUAUACUAACAAUAGAAAAUGUAUUUUUGUAUAAAUAGCGUUAAUUACAAAAGCUUAAGAAUACUUUGUCUUGAAACUUUCAAUAAUAAAUACGAAAAGGAAAUGGCUUUAGUGACUUCAUCACUUGUGCAAACACCUCAAAGCGUGCGGGUGGUAGUAAUCGGUUCAGGACCUUCCGGUAUAGCGGCCGCUACUCGCCUAGUGGAAGCCGGUUUCAAUGAUGUCUUGAUAUUGGAGGCUGAGAGUCGUGUUGGUGGUCGCAUUUACACGAUACCGUUUGCCGAUAGCGUUAUUGAUUUAGGCGCUCAAUGGUGCCAUGGCGAGAAGAAUAAUGUGGUUUAUGAAACGUUGGAACGCCUGAAUCUUUUAAAUCUAUUGGAAACUACCGGCGAUACAUAUUUUAAAUUUAAAUGUGUCCGCUCCAAUAAAGAUAUUGUGCCAGAUAAGGUAGUUUCAAAGCUAACUGAAAUUUUUUAUGAGAUAAUACCAUCAAGAGAAGAUGAACUGAAAUCGUAUGAAGGAUCGGCAGGUGCCAUAAUGACAGAAAUGUUUUGGAAAGAAAUUGAUAAAUUGGCUGAAAAACCGGAUCGCACUGUCGUUAAAGAAUAUUUUGAAACAGCAAAAAAGGCGAAUUUAUCCUUAGAAGCUGCUGAUACUAUGUUCGAAGUUUCACCUUCAAAUGCGUUGCAAUUCGAGACCAGUGAAGGCGAUCAAAAUUUAAAUUGGAAAGAUAAGGGCUAUCAAACCUUUUUAAAUCUUUUAUUGAAAACUGAUGAUUACAAAAAGAAUUUGGGUUUAUUGGAGGACAAAAUUCAAGUUUGUCAACGUGUCAAGCACAUUGAAUGGCAACAUGAAGACGGGAUAAAAAUUACGCUCUUUAGUGGGAAAAUUAUUGUGGCAGAUCAUGUUGUAUGCACCACUUCUUUGGGCGUCUUAAAAGAAAGCCAUAAAUCUCUUUUUCAACCGUCAUUGCCGCUUAGCAAAAUACGGGCCAUAGAAGGACUUAAGCUGGGUACUGUUAAUAAAUUUUUCUUGGAAUUUGAAAAACCUUUCGAGCCCGUCGACUGGGUAGGAUUCAAUUUCCUAUGGUUAGAGGAAGAUCUCACGGCGUUACGUGAAACUGAACGCUUUUGGUUAGAAAAUGUCUUCGGUUUUUACCGAGUAGCCCAUCAGCCACGCCUUAUGCAAGGUUGGAUUGUUGGUCGUCAUGCCCGCUAUAUGGAAACGUUAAGCGAAAAAGAAGUUCUCGAAGCUUUAAUGUGGUUAUUGAGAAAGUUUCUCUCACAUCCGGUCCCCGAACCCAUAAAGUUCACACGUACACAAUGGUAUACGAAUUGCAAUUUUCGCGGCACUUAUAGUUUACGAACUAUGUACACAGACGAAUUGCGUACCGGUGCUUGGGACUUGGCGGCAGCUUUGAUCGACGGCGAUGGCAAGCCCAUUGUGCAAUUUGCCGGCGAAGCAACGAACAGCCAUCACUUCGGCACCGUUCACGGUGCUACAGAAAGUGGUUGGCGCGAAGCUGAUCGCUUAAUUCAUUUUUACCAAAAGAAAUCUCUUACAAAGUGA